GCGGCGCUGUGGCCCCUCCAUAUAAAGCAGCCGCCUGCGACGCCGGCUCCCACUCCUCGCUGUCAGCAUGCGGAGCCUCAUCCUCUGCUGCCUCGUGGCCCUGGCCACUUGCCAGAACCUCCGCUAUGACCUGGUCCUGAACCCUAAGAAGACCUACGAGUACAGUUACCAGGGCGCGGUGCAUUUCGGACUGGGAAAACCCAACCUGGCCGAGUCCGGCGCCAGAAUGACCUGCAAAGUCAGGAUCGCCGGCGUGUCCGCGAGGACGUUCACGCUCCAGCUUUUCGACCUGACCUUCGACGAGUUCAACGGCUUCCCGGGGAAGAACGGCUUCACGGCGGCGCCCAAGGUCGCCCAGCACAUCGCCGCCCAGCUCGCCAAGCCCUUCACCUUCGAGUUCGCCGGCGGCCACGUGGGCGACAUCCACGCCGCCGCCGAGGUCUCCAACACCGUGGUCAACUUCAUCAGGGGCAUCCUGGACUUCUUCUCAGCCACCAUCAAAACCACACAGAGGUUCUAUGAGCUGGAGGAGGUUUGCAUCCACGGCCUGUGUCAGAGCAGCUACGCCAUCGAGGAGAACAAGGAGACCAAGGACAUGGUGGUGUCGCAGGUGGUGGAUGUUGGUGCCUGCAGGGAGAAAGCAGCCUUCUACAGCGGCAUGGCGGCAGCGGUGCCCGACAAGAUGUCCCGGCAGAGAGGAGAGUCUGUCGCGUCCACGGUGAGGUACGUCUACACGGUGAGGCCCACGGCGGAGGGCGGCGUCAUCGCCAAGGCGCACGCCCUGGAGCGCCAGCACUUCAGCCCCUUCAACGUGAAGGGCGGCAGCUUCCAGAUGCAGGCCACGAAGGAGCUGACGCUGCUGGGCGUGAGCGACGCGGCCGGCGCCGCCGUGACCGGGCCCAUGGACAACAGGGGAAACCUCGUCUAUAAGUUUGUCAACGCGGACGCCAACCUCCCCAUCACGAUGCAGAGCCUGGCAGACCCCAUCCCUAAGGCCAUUGCACUGGUUAAACAUCUGGCUGAGGCCAAUAAGUACCAAAUUGACAAUGCGGCCACUGAGGACACCAUCAAACUGUACCAGCUGCUGCGUGUGAUUCCUUUUGAGGGAUUAGACGUCAUGUGGAAGCAGUUUGCAGCGAAUGCAGAGCACCGACGCUGGUUUUUGGACAUGAUCGUUGAAGUCAGCGACGCCAGAGUUCUGAAGUUCCUGGAGAUGAGGUUUGAGGCUGGAGACGUCACCGCGACGGAGGCUCUGCAGGCGUUGGUGCUGGCCGUGAACCACCUGCAGGCUAUUCCCGACCUGGUGGAGAUGGCCAAGAUGUUCCUGACCAUGCCGUUCUGCAAGUCCAACGUCUACCUGUGGAACACUGUGGUGCUCUCCUACGGCUCCCUGGUGUACAGACACUGUGCGCGUUACUCACCCUGCCCAGUCGCUGCUGUUCAGCCUCUUGUGAAUUUGGCCACGGAAGCAAUGAAGGCCGGCAACGAGGCCGACAUGGUGCUCGCCCUGAAGGCUCUGGGGAACGCGGGUCAUCCAGGCAGCAUUAAAACCAUCCUGCGAUUCCUCCCCGGGGUGGCUGCCACCCCCGUGGACCUCCCACCUCGUGCAGAUUGCUGCCGUGCAGUCGAUGAGACUCAUAGCCGCCAGAGACCCUCACAUCGUCCAAGACAUCGCCAUGACUCUGUUCUGCAGAGGAACCUUCCUGCUGAGGCUCGCAUGCUGGCCUUUAAGGUCCUGUUUGAGGCCAAGCCGUCGGCAGCUCUGGUCUACAUGCUGGCUGCACGGCUGCAGGAGGAGAAAGACCUCCACGUUGUUAGCUUUGCUUUGUCCUACAUGAGAAGCUUUGCCAGGUCCACGACCCCGGACAACCACUUCCUGUCGACGGCGUGCAACGUAGCCAUGAAGACCCUGGCCCCUACAUUUGGCCACCUCAGCCUGUUCUACAGCAAAACCAUGCGCCUGGACUGGUUCAAUGACGACUUCCUAAUUGGCACAGCUGCUGAAGUUUUCAUGUUGAAAAGUGCAAUGCAUCUGUUCCCCACUGAAAUGACGAUGAGAGGAAGAUUUUACUUUAUCGGGAGAGUCCUGCAGCUCCUUGAGCUCGGCGUCCACGCCGGCGGAAUCAAAGAGCUGUUCGGCAGCACCAUCCCCGGAUUUAAAGGAGACCUGAGCAUCAGUGACUUCCAGGCUAUUUUCAAUGUGCUCAAGAACUGGGAAAGCCUUCCUAACGACAAGCCGGUCUUCUCUGCCUUCACACGCCUCUUUGGUCAGGAGUGGUUCUAUGCCGAUGUCAAAAAAGACUUCAUUCAGUACUUUGUCAAGGCCUUCAGUUCGGCCGCGGGGAAGGGAACGCCGCUGUGGGAGUUGGUGGAGGACAUGCAGAGAGGAGCUUCCUUCCACUGGACCAAGCCGUUCUUGGUGCUCGAGGCUCGCUACUUCCAGGCCACCACCUUGGGCUUCCCAGUGGAGAUCAGCAAAUACUAUCAAACCGUCAAUGGCAUCACCGUCAACACCAAAGCGACAGUAAACCCACCGCUGACCGACCGUCUUGGGCAACUCUUGACGUCUGAUAUUUCCCUGAAGAGCGACGGCUACAUCGGUUUCACAAAGGAUUUCUGGGUUUUCUACGGGAUCAACACAGACAUUUUCCAGUCCGGCUGUGAGUUUAAAGCCAAAACCCCGUUUUCCAUUCCAUGGUCCUUCGUUGCAAAGAUCAACGUCCCGGCAAAGAAGUUUGAAUUCGAUUUCCCAUCAUUGAAGAAGGAGUUUGAAUUCUUUUCAAUCAGCUCCAACGUGUUCGCCAUCUCCAGGAACGUCGCAGAGCCAGCGAUGGCUAAAAUGACCCCAAUAAUGCCCAACAUCAUUGACUGCACUGCCAACCAAGUGUCAAAUCAGAACCAGCAGUCGCUGGCGCAACAAACCUGGCAUCCGAGAGUCAAGAAGUGUUUCGAGAGCAGCAUUUAUGGAGCCGGUGUGUGUGUGGAGUCCGAGCUGAGGCGAGCGUAUUAUCAUGAGGAGUAUCCCCUGUCCUACUUCCUGGGAUACACUCACUUUGCGAUGACGAUCGCCCCAGCCCAGGCAAUCAGGGCUGUUGACAGAAUCCACCUGGAGGUGAGCGCUGGCCCGAGCAGACGUCCAACCAGCACGCUCCAACUGCUGCAGACUCUGAGGAGUCUUUCCAAGGAACCUUCACAACAGAGCUUGGAUGCAACACCAGAAGCUGUGUUCAACAUCAAAGCCUUCGCAAUAAGUGGCAACCAGAAGCCAGAGGGCUACGAUGCAGCCGUGUACUACACGCCCGAGGCGAACCUCCACAGCGCUCAGCUGAUCGUGUCCCGAGUCGGAGAAGCCACCAACUGGAAGAUGUGUGUGGACACCAGUGUGAACAUGGCCGCCGAGGCGAAGGCACAGCUCAGAUGGGGAGCUGAAUGUCAGCCCUAUGAAAUGUCAAUGACGGCUGCAUUCGCACACACGCCUGACUCUAAACCAGCUCUGAUGACCAAGCUGCACUGGGCCGCCGUACCAGAAACCUGGGCAGCGAUGGGCAAGAGAAUUGAGAGCUACGUCCCAGGCAUGGCUUUCUUCCUCGGCUUCUACCAGACUCGCGAGGCCAACGCCAAGCAGGAGGUCUCUGCAUGGGUCGCUGCUGCCUCGCCCGACACCGUCGAUGUGAAGAUCGACUUCCCUGAGUAUACAGUCUACCGCCCGGCCAUUUCUGUCCCCAUGCCACCCGCCAGUGUCCUGGACUCCAGGAACACAACAAUAGAGGGAUGCCCAUAAAGCAAGGAGACAACACUCUCCAGAUGGGAGCCAGAUGCGUCUUUUCCCAGCGCUAACGCCGCAACCAAGCUCUCACCACUGCGAUGAAAGCGAGGAUCAUAAAAGAUGCAUCGGUAAUCUCCUAGAUGUCACCAGUUUGGAAAUAAUUUGUAAAGGUCCUGAUUUAUUCAUUUGGAAGCACAUUAAUAUUUGAACAGCCUUUUGAAGAAAUGUCUUGUAAAUUUGUGCUUAUGCUCUGAAAUAUUGUACCUUCCUCAAGCUGGAUUUAUCCAAACCUGUUUCAGCAAAGUUGGCUUUGUUCUAAAUGUGUCACGGUCAAUUCAGAUGUGUGCUAAAUGUGUGUCCCAUGAUUAAAAUGCAGAGAAACCGG